AUGAUUCUUAAUCGCCUAUCGGACGGCCCGGCCACAGUCCUCGCUCCUCCCCGGGAACACGCCUUCGCUCAGUUCUCUCAGUCUUCUUUCCUCGACGCGCCAGGAAGCUUCAACAGCUACCCAGCAAGCACAAACGGCGUCUUUGCGAACAAUAGCUCCGCGCAGUCUAUCUCAUCGAGCUUCAACUUCUCUUCUGCCCCUGCGGUCCUUAAGCCCUCACGCAAAAGGUCCCGUGAUGAGUCCACUUUUGAAGAGGCCAUUGCUCCCAGCGUGGCCCUAGGACACCAGGCGGUGCCAGCACCAAAGUUUCAGCCCAUCUAUGGAGAAGGCAUGGUUCUUUUGAACCCACAGACCGGCCUUGCGAUCUCUGCCGAGAGCCAGACCGGCACAUGGUACGAACAAGAGUCUGAGGUGCAACAAGCUGCUGCUGCACCUGUUUCAUCGCGGUCAAACGCGUUGCUUUCUGAUGCUGCCGACGUGAGCCGCAAGUCCCAGCGCCUUGAUAAGUCUGCACCAGGUCUGGACGAUAUUGCGUUGUCCUCGAUCCGCCAACGUCUGAACAACUCUAGCUCCAACGAUCAGCAUCGCACUGUCAACGCGGGGCCUGCUCCACCCGCUGAGCCUCUAGUAGAUGAUGCCACCCGUCUCCUAGGUAUCGGCUGGCAGCGCGUCAACACGAACGAUGAUAUGGCUCCUGCCGUUCGUGGCUGGACCAAGUAUAUCGACAACCAAUACUCGGCCCACCUGCAUAACUCCCAGAUGCUCAUGAAAAGCCGCGCUCUGAACGCGUAUCUUGUGGCUGCCACUCCCACUUCUGGAACCUCGCCUGCCUUUUAUCUCUUCAGCGAAGACCUCACUCAAGGCCAGCUCGUUGCCUCCUCCUGGGAAGCAUGUCUUCAAAAUCUUCGUAGCUCCCCUAUCAUGUUUGAGAGCGCCUCUCCCCUCGGGGCUAUCGACCGACCUAGCGCAAAGCCUACCUCCUUCAACUCCAUGGACACUGGCGUGCCACUGCUCCAGCAAGCCAUGUCCAACCACCCGCAAGCAUCAAGUCUGGGCGAACUGAGCGGAGGCGCGGAAAUGGGCAUGGAGAUCGACUCGUAA